GCUGGAUUGCCGCCGCGCCGACCAGAAGACCAUCGCAUCGAGUUGGAACCAGGCGCCCAACCAACAGUACAGCGACAAUUUUGGCUCAGCCAACCGGAACAGGAAAAACUGCAGCAGCAACUGGAUUAUCUUCUCACGAAGGGUUUUAUCCGGCCCAGCAAGUCCCCAUACGCCGCCCCGAUCCUAUUCACCCCGAAAAAAGAUGGAGGAUUCCGCAUGUGCAUUGACUAUCGCGCCCUCAACAUGAUCACAAUCAAGUCCCGUUACCCGAUCCCGCGAGCUGGCGAUUUACCCGACCAACUUCGCGGAGCCAAGUCCUUCUCGAAAAUCGAUUUUUACGAAUACCUGGAUCUUGAUGCAGUCUUCACGCUGCUGCACAAGAAUCGCCUCAUCACAAAAGGGUUUAAGUGCGACUUCCUUAAGCAGGAGUUGGAGUUUUUGGGACACGUCGUAUCUACCGAAAGAGUGAAAAUCGACCCCAAGAAAAUCAAGACAAUCCAGGAAUGGAAGCCGCCGACCAACCUCAAGGAAUUACAGAGUUUUCUAGGUUUCGUCUACUACGUCCGCCGCUUUAUACCAAAUAUGGCUGGGUUAUCUGCACCGCCAACCGACCGAUUGAAGGAUCACGAUUGUUUUUUGUGGGGAGAGAAGCAGCAAGCUGCAUUCGACCAACUGAAGAUCGCCCUCACGUUGCCGCCCGUUCUUCGCAUCUCCGAUCCUGACCGUCCAUACGAAGUCAUCAUCGACGCCAGCGACAUCGCCAUCGGUGCAGUUCUCCUACAGGAUUUCGGCGACAAGUUACAGCCAGUCGCCCUACGAAUCACGGAAGCUGCAAGGCGCGGAGAAAAUUUAUACAGUCCACGACAAGGAAAUGUUGGCGAUCAUCCACGCGUUCAAGACCUGGCGGUGCUACCUGAUAGGCGCUGACGUCGCGGUGCGAACUGACCAC